GUGAAGUAGAAGUUUCUGGGAAACAACUCAGAACGCAGAAACAGGUUCUGUAUUCAAAUCUAGUAACAAAAACUUCUCAUAAACUUGUAAAUUAUAAAAACAUUGAUGAAUUCAUUGACUGCUUUCCUGUUUAAAGAAGCAAACUCGGUUUAACAGUCAUCGACUAACAGAAGAAGAUCUUUUAUGCUUUCUUCAAUCGCAUUCAAUUCAUAACAGUCGGCUGAGUUUUCAUUAGUCUGAUAGGUUGUUGUUGAAGCAAACGCCUAAGAUACCUCAAUGCGUAUGAAAAUUGUCUACUUCUCAGGAGUUUCAAGGACUGUCAGUGUACAGAAAGCUCUUGGUAGAAAGGUUACACGUGCAUCAAAUCCAUUGAGUUGCCUUUUGAAAGGGUAUAUGCAUACACUUUAUAUGAACCAUUGACCUUGAGCUCUUGGGAAGAAAUACCAGUAACAGCAUGCAAAGAGUGUUUUGCUUACUUGAAGAUUCCGGUUCUAAAGCCUUUUCUACUCCAUUUAAAUUCGACUGUAUGACCUUCGAGUAGUUUUGUUUCCACGAUUCGAGCUUUCCAGGAUAGUAAACUUUUUUUUUUUUUUUUUUUUUUUCUAUUUUUUCCAAUAUCUAAUUCAAUUAUAAGAAGCCAAGACAAGAAAAAAAAGCUCAAUAGGAGAAUUCUUAUAUCACAUUUCGCCAAACUUGUUUUUUACUAUAAACAAUACUGACACACCCUAGAAAUUUGUCUUUCACGUUCUUUUACCAUCAGUCUGAAACGAGUAUAACAGUAACAAAAUGGAUUCAACAAAUACUGGAGAACAUACUGAGCUAGAUGAUUUAGCUCUUCCUCGUUCCAUUGUUAUGCGUUUGAUUAAACAAGUUUUACCCCAGAAGAGUACAGCACAAAAGGAAGCCGUCAAGGCCAUUACGAAUUCAGCAACUCUUUUUAUUAGUUAUUUAACGUCUGCCGCUGGAGAAAUCUCUUCUACGAACAAUCGAAAAAUUGUUAUGCCUCAGGAUGUUUUGGGUGCUCUAGAAGAAAUAGAAUAUCCUGAAUUCGCGAAUCGAUUGGAUGCUCAUUUGCAAGCAUAUGAAGCUUCCUUGAAGGAAAAGAAACUGAAACUUCCCCAAGUAGACGAGGAUAAAUCUACGAAGAAAAGCAAGAUGGAUCCACGGUAUAAAGCUGUACUUAAUAAAGACAAUGAAACAGAAGAAUAUGAUCGAGAUGAACUCGAACAAGAAGACGUUGCUGAGGAAUUGGCUCAGGAAGAUGUUCUCUCUGACAGAGAGGACAUGGAUAUGGAGACAGCAGAAAAUCCUGUGGAGGAUUUAGCUGAACCUAAUUAUAUAGAUACCAUCCACUUAACUGAUGCAACAGGAAAUCCCAUUGAUGAAGGUAGUUCAGAUUCCGACGUAAAUGAGUCAGAAUCUGAACUCCAUGGUUCUCCUAACAAUUAAUCUUAAAAGGGGGAUUUAUUUUUAUUUUUUGGCUUCUUGGUAUACCCCAUUUCGUUGUUCUAAUCAUUCUUUCUUUCCUUCAAAGACUUUAAUGUCGCUCGUCAACAGUUGCAUUUCAAAACAGCCUUCAGCAUGUAUUCAUUUUAUGAUUGGGCUUGUUCAUCUAUGUAUCUAUUCAUGUCUCCUACUUUAUAUUUAUUCACAAGUUUUAAAAAAUUAACCAUGCCUUUGUUGAAUUCUCGGAAUUCCAUUCUUUUCGCAGUCAUUUCAUUAACUUAUUCAUUGUUUUUUUAAUUGUAUUAAUAAAAGUUAGAUAGACUGUUAUAAUCGCGA